CUGGAGACGGUGUCCAGAGCUUGGGAUUCUCAGAGAGACUUGAGGGAUGACAUCAUUCAAGCUGGAGGGUGGUAUGGCCUGAGAUGGACCGAACCCACACAUGAGCAAAAUGUAUUUAUUCAACAUGGGUCCUUGGUGAAUUUUGUCAUGGUUAUUUAAGGAAUCUCGCCUAGAAGUCCCAACACGCAGUUCCCCAUCGACGGGAAGGCUUGGACUCCAAGAUGAUUAUAAAGGAAUAUCGGAUUCCUCUGCCGAUGACCGUGGAGGAGUACCGCAUUGCCCAGCUGUACAUGAUACAGAAGAAGAGCCGUAACGAGACGUACGGCGAAGGCAGCGGCGUGGAGAUCCUGGAGAACCGGCCAUACACGGACGGCCCCGGCGGCUCCGGGCAGUACACGCACAAGGUGUACCAUGUGGGCAUGCACAUCCCCAGCUGGUUCCGCUCCAUCCUGCCCAAGGCGGCCCUGCGCGUGGUGGAGGAGUCCUGGAAUGCCUACCCCUACACCCGAACCAGGUUCACUUGCCCUUUUGUGGAGAAAUUCUCCAUUGACAUCGAAACCUUUUAUAAAACUGAUGCUGGAGAAAACCCCAACGUGUUCAGCCUGUCUCCUGUGGAAAAGAACCAGCUGACAAUCGACUUCAUCGACAUCGUCAAGGACCCCGUGCCCCCCAACGAGUAUAAGACGGAAGAGGACCCCAAGCUGUUCCGCUCGACCAAGACGCAGCGGGGGCCCCUGUCCGAGAACUGGAUCGAGGAGUACAAGCAGCACGUCUUUCCCAUCAUGUGCGCCUACAAGCUUUGCAAGGUGGAGUUCCGCUACUGGGGCAUGCAGUCCAAGAUCGAGAGGUUCAUCCACGACACGGGCCUCCGGAAGGUGAUGGUGAGAGCCCACCGGCAGGCCUGGUGCUGGCAGGAUGAGUGGUACGGGCUGAACAUGGACAACAUCCGGGAGCUGGAGAAGGAGGCGCAGCUCAUGCUGUCCCGCAAGAUGGCCCAGUUCAAAGAGGAAGACAAGGAGGCCGUGGAGAUGGCCAAGGAUGAGGCCGCCCAGGACCAGGCCCCCAGGGAGCCCCCCCAGCCCAGCAGCAGCACUGGGGAGCCCCUGGCGGGCAGGAGCCUGAAGAAGCAGUGGUCCACAUCCUCCAAGUCGUCGCGGUCGUCCAAGCGGGGAGCCAGUCCUUCCCGCCACAGCAUCUCUGAGUGGAGGAUGCAGAGCAUCGCCCGGGACUCGGACGAGAGCUCGGACGACGAGUUCUUUGACGCCCACGAGGACCUGUCCGAUUCCGAGGAAAUGUUCCCUAAAGACAUCACCAAGUGGAACUCCAACGACCUCAUGGACAAAAUUGAAAGCCCUGAGCCAGAGGACACGCAGGAUGGUCUUUACCGUCAGGCAGGCCCCGAGUUCAGGGUGGCCUCCAGUGUGGAGCAGCUGAACAUCAUGGAGGAUGAGGUCAGUCCGCCGCUGGCCGCGCCGCCCUCCAAGAUCCACGUGCUGCUGCUGGUGCUGCACGGAGGCACCAUCCUGGACACGGGCGCCGGGGACCCCAGCUCCAAGCAGGGCGACGCCAACACCAUCGCCACCGUGUUCGACACCGUCAUGCGCGUGCACUACCCCAGCGCCCUGGGCCACCUCGCCAUCCGCCUGGUGCCCUGCCCGCCCAUCUGCGCCGAUGCCUUCGCCCUCGUCUCCAACCUCAGCCCCUACAGCCACGACGAAGGCUGUCUGUCCAGCAGCCAGGACCACAUCCCCUUGGCUGCCCUGCCCCUGCUGGCAACCUCCUCACCCCAGUACCAGGAGGCAGUUGCCACGGUGAUUCAGCGGGCUAACCUCGCCUAUGGGGAUUUCAUCAAGUCCCAGGAGGGCAUGACCUUCAAUGGGCAGGUCUGCCUGAUCGGGGACUGCGUCGGGGGCAUCCUGGCAUUCGAUGCCUUAUGCUGCAGCAAUCAGCCAGUGUCUGAGAGUCAGAGCAGCAGCCGCCGGGGCAGCGUUGCCAGCGUGCAGGACACUGACCUGCUGUCCCCGGGCACGGUGGGCAAUGCGGCACAUGGUGGUGGUGGCGGUGGCGGUGGCGGUGGCGGUGGCACUGGCGGCAACCUGGAGAGCAGCCGGCACCUGAGCCGCAGCAACAUCGACAUCCCCCGAAGCAAUGGCACUGAGGACCCCAAAAGGCUACCCCGCAAGAGGAGUGACUCGUCCACCUAUGAGCUGGACACCAUCCAGCAGCACCAGGCCUUCCUGUCCAGCCUCCAUGCCAGCGUGCUGAGGAACGAGCCCAGCUCCCGCCGCUCAAGCAGCUCCACCAUGCUGGACGGCGCAGGGGCCGUGGGCAAGUUCGACUUUGAGAUCGCUGACCUCUUCCUCUUCGGGUGCCCCCUGGGGCUGGUCCUGGCCUUGAGGAAGACUGUCAUCCCCUCCCUGGAUGUUUUCCAGCUGCGGCCUGCCUGCCAGCAAGUCUACAACCUCUUCCACCCGGCGGACCCCUCAGCCUCGCGCCUGGAGCCACUGCUGGAGAGGGGGUUCCACGCCCUGCCGCCUUUCAGCAUCCCCCGCUACCAGCGCUACCCGCUGGGGGACGGCUGCUCCACGCUGCUGGCGGAUGCACUCCAGACCCACAACACCGUCUUCCAAGAGCACGCAGCCCCCUCCUCGCCCGGCACAGCUCCCACCACCCGAGGUUUCCGCAGAGCCAGCGAGAUCAGCAUCGCCAGCCAGGUGUCAGGCAUGGCUGAGAGCUACACAGCGUCCAGCAUCGCCCAGAAGGCCCCGGGCCUGCUCAGUCACACCCCCAGCGUCAGGCGACUGUCCCUGCUUGCCCUUCCCCCGCCAACCCCUGCCACCCCAGGGCCCUGCCCACAGGCCAGCCCCAGCCUGGAGAGGGCCCCCCGCCUCCCCAACUUGGACAUCAGAGAAGUUGCUGCAAAGUGGUGGGGCCAGAAGCGGAUUGACUACGCCCUGUACUGCCCCGACGCCCUGACGGCCUUCCCCACCGUGGCCCUGCCUCACCUCUUCCACGCCAGCUACUGGGAGUCCACGGAUGUGGUCUCCUUCCUGCUGAGACAGGUCAUGAGACAUGACAACUCCAGCAUCUUGGAGCUGGAUGGCAAGGAGGUCUCAGUGUUCACCCCCUCGAAGCCAAGAGAGAAGUGGCAGCGCAAGAGGACCCACGUGAAGCUGCGGAAUGUGACAGCAAACCACCGGAUCAACGACGCGAUCGCCAACGAGGACGGCCCGCAGACUGUGACGGGCCGGUUCAUGUACGGGCCCCUGGACAUGGUCACCCUGACCGGGGAGAAGGUGGACGUGCACAUCAUGACGCAGCCGCCCUCGGGGGAGUGGCUGUACCUGGACACGCUGGUGACCAGCAGCAGUGGCCGUGUCUCCUACACCAUCCCCGAGACGCACCGCCUGGGCGUGGGCGUCUACCCCAUCAAGAUGGUGGUCAGGGGAGACCACACAUUUGCCGACAGCUACAUCACAGUGCUGCCCAAGGGCACGGAGUUCGUGGUCUUCAGCAUUGAUGGCUCCUUUGCUGCCAGCGUGUCCAUCAUGGGCAGUGACCCCAAAGUGCGGGCUGGGGCAGUGGACGUGGUGCGGCACUGGCAGGACCUGGGCUACCUCAUCAUCUACGUGACGGGCCGGCCUGACAUGCAGAAGCAGCGGGUGGUGGCAUGGCUGGCCCAGCACAACUUCCCCCAUGGCGUGGUGUCCUUCUGUGAUGGCCUGGUGCAUGACCCGCUGCGGCACAAGGCCAACUUCCUGAAGCUGCUCAUCUCCGAGCUGCACCUGCGCGUGCACGCGGCCUACGGCUCCACCAAGGACGUGGCGGUCUACAGCUCCAUCAGCCUGUCCCCCAUGCAGAUCUACAUUGUGGGCCGGCCCACCAAGAAGCUGCAGCAGCAGUGCCAGUUCAUCACGGACGGCUAUGCGGCCCACCUGGCCCAGCUCAAGUACAACCACCGGGCCCGGCCGGCCCGCAACGCGGCCACCCGCAUGGCACUGCGCAAGGGGAGCUUUGGCCUGCCGGGCCAGAGCGACUUCCUGCGCUCCCGGAACCACCUGCUCCGCACCAUCUUGGCCCAGCCCGGCGGAGGCCCGGCCCCAGCCCGAGCAGGCAUCGGGGGCCACGCUGCAGAAGCUGCUGUCCUACACCAAGCCCGACAUAGCCUUCCUCGUGGCGGCCUCCUUCUUCCUCGUCGUGGCGGCUCUGGGAGAGACCUUCCUCCCCUACUACACCGGCCGGGCCAUUGACGGCAUCGUCAUCCAGAAGAGCAUGGAGCAGUUCAGCACGGCCGUCAUCGUCAUGUGUGCGCUGGCCAUCGGCAGGUAGCCGG